GUUCAUUGGCUGAGCGGCUCGGAAUUUAAGGCGGAAUGGCUCAAUUCCGAACAGGCCCUCUCCAUGAUGCAAGUGUCAGCUGCGGACAGCCGCGUAAAGCCAUGGUCCCAAUCCACAACUAUGUAUUUUUAGUUGCACUUGCAGUUCAGAAGCCGUAUAUUUGAGCACUCGAGCACAAAGCGAGCACCUGUAAACUUGCGUUCACCGUUUGGCCUUCACCACAACGCCUGCCUCUGCCUGAUUUCCGACCUUUCCUUGGCACCUCUAUACGAUAGAGAUAGUAUCCGGCAUAUUAUAUCUCACAAUAAAGCCGUUCUCGCGCUCGGGGGCAACAGCAUCCUCGCGGACAACCGCGAUUUUGCUCUUCUGCUUUGCAGGUUGCAAUUUUGAGGCUAAUAAAGGUCACGACACUCCACGCACGCGUCGAAGUCCACGGAGUCUAGCUUAGAGCACAUACCGGUGAAGCACACCAUCACGAUGCGGGGGGGCAGGAUCAUCGACCGGGAACUGCGGCGGCUGCAGUUUGGGCAGCAGCGGCUGCAGGUUGGGCAGCGGCGCAUCCAGCAACAGCUGCGGCAGCUGCGGCAGCAGCAGCAGCAGCUGCAGCAGCAGAUGCAGCAGAUGCAGCUGCAGGGGCUGCAGCAGCUGCAGCUCAUCCAGCAGCAGCUGCAGCAGAUUCAGGGGCAGAUGCAAGGGCAGCAGGGCAUUGCAGAGGCGCGUGCCAUGGCUGCGCGGGCUCUGAACGCCACGCUGGCACUUAACGCGCCCUUAGGGCAGGUGCCCAUCACCGCGGGCGCCGCGCACCUCGUCGGCACGGUGCCGCCCAACUACCCGGCCACUGGCAACGCGCUGCUGGACCUGACCGGCCCCGAGGCGACGGCCCUGCUGCUGGCAUACGGCCGGCCCACCGCCGGCAGCCGGGACGCCAAGAUCCAGCGGCUGGCCAACCACCUGGGCGUCCAGUACCACGCCUAGCCGCCGUCUCGCGCCACUUGAUGACGUGGUGGCACGCGCGCACGGUACACACACACCCGCGCGCACCAGGCACCACACGCGCGGAGGCAGCACCCCCCUGCAGCUCGCAGCGCUUUGUAGUAGCUCAAUGUGGUGCCGCUUGCGGCGUGUAGUAUCCGGCAGGGUGAUGGGCGUGUCGGCAUCCGGGUUGGGUUCAGGCAGCCGAGACUGAGUCGGAGCGCAGCUUGCUUGCGCCGGCUGCUGCCGCCUGCUGGACGAAGCGGGGGGAGAAGGGGGGUCGAUCUCCAUGUGCGUGGCGGUGGUGGUGGCGUUCUUGGGACGACCAAUGGGGGUCGCCCCUGAGUAGUUAAGCGGCUGACCGCUUGUUGCUUAGGCAUAGGGCCGGGUGCUAGCCUGACGUAACAUUCCAGGUAGCCAUUCCCAGGCAACAGCUAUCACUGAGGGCACCAGACGUGACAUUCCUGGUAGCCGCUCCCUAACCAAACACUUACGCACCAGUGGAUGGUCUUUCCCAUUGCGCUGCUACUGUAACGGUAUACGGUU